CUUUUAUGACGCAUCGGCAGUCCACGCUUCCCUUUAGCUUCAAGGGUAAAAGGGAAGGCUAUUUUCUUCUAUAAGAUAGAUAACUUUUCUCUGUCUAUAUGCAUACGUAUAUUUUUAGUUUUUUUAUAUAAAGUUGUGUUUUAGGCGCGAUUUCCGUAAAGAAAGAAGAAUGGUCGUAGCUGCUAAGACAAGCGUUAUAGCGGCUGGAGUAUGUGGAGCCUUGUUUCUCGGCUACUGCAUUUACUUUGAUCGCAAGAGACGGAGUGACCCUGACUUCAAGAACAGAUUGCGAGAGAAGAGACGAAAACAAAAGCUUGCUAAAGAGAAAGCAGUGCUGUCAAAAUUACCUGAUCUAAAAGAUGCUGAGUCUGUCCAGAAAUUUUUCCUUGAAGAGAUUCAACUUGGAGAAGAGCUACUGGCUCAAGGUGAUUUUGAAAAAGGCGUUGAUCAUUUAACAAAUGCUAUUGCCGUAUGCGGACAGCCCCAGCAGUUACUGCAGGUGUUGCAGCAGACACUUCCACCUCCUGUUUUCCAGAUGCUCUUGACUAAAUUACCAACAAUUAGCCAAAGAAUUGUGAGUUCUCAGAACUUAACUGAAGAUGAUGUGGAGUAAGAAAAUGGAAAAGUAUCUCUGCUCUCAUUUUGCGAAGGAACAAUGUAAAUGUUUUUGAGUGCAAAUGAGUGCAAGGGUUUUGUUCUGCUCAAGUGGAGUUGAUAAGAGUUGUGUUUAGUAAAAUGUGUAAGUAACAUACAUUGGUUUAAAAAAAUUUGAGCAUCGUGUACAUUUUUGUGUAGCCUCCACAUGUAGAAAAAUAUCCUUUGAAGGAACAAUAAAAUCAUCUUUGUGGGUU